CAAAUAUCUAUAGCUAUCGAUAACAACGAAUAAACAUCGUUGUAGUAAAAAUAAAGUUAAUUAAGGAGAAGUUCCUAGUUUUAGAGAUUAUAAACUUUAAAACAGUUCUACAGCAUGACGAGCCUGAUACAAAGGAGUCUUCCCCUGGCCAAGACCAGUUCUCCAGCGCUACAAUUCCUUCGCUUUAGGGGUAAGAUCAACAUACAGCGGCCGAAAGCGCCGCACUACGAGCGAGCCCGGGUAGUGGCAGUCACCCAUCCGAAAUAUCCGGAGCUCCCAAAGGCUAAGAGCUGCUUCAAAACGCGUGCGGAGCGCACGCAACAGCAGCAGGAAAAUCCAUACAACGAAAUCAUCGCACGCGAGGUGCGCAAUUGGCUGGAUCACUCUCGGCUGGUGGCCUUCUUUCAUCUAAAUUCUAUAACAGCCGAUGACAUAUUCCGCGUGCGCGUUCAGCUGCACAAGCAGAACCUGCACCUCAAGUCCUACGGCAGCAAGAUCAUCGAACAGGCGGUAAAAAACACACGAUACGAGGCGAUUGUGCCCCUGUUCCACUCCAAUCAUUGCAUCGUCUUCUCACCGGAUCCGCAAAAGACUGCCGCACUGCUGCGAAUCGUACGCAGGGUGCCGCAAAUGGUUCUGCUGGGAGGCAUCGUGGAGGAGACCAUACUGAGUAGGAACCAGCUUGUCGACUACGCCCAGAUGCCCGGCCUGCAAGCGGCCCAGGCACAGCUUGUCCAGACUCUUAACCAAGCACCUGGCCACCUUAUUCAGCAACUGCAGGCGCAUCAGAACAGUUUUGUGCGCGUACUUGAUGUCCAUGCGAAAAACCAGGGUAAGGAGGACACGCCGGAGUCUACGUAGAAGUCCAAAUGAGUCAAGUUUGUUAAAUAACAAGAAAACAAAAAUUA